UCCUGCCGCUGCUGCCGCUGCCACCGCCGCCCGCCUGGGAGCCCGAUGGGCUGCUCCUGCGCCCCGCCCCGGAGUCUGGAUGCAAGUAUGGACAUAAAAGCCUAUGAUGUUUUCUCCAGUCCACCGCUUCAGAGAUAUUGAGAGGAAGCCUGAAUACCUUCACCCAGAAAAGUGUAUCCCUCCUCCUCGACUGGGUUCUCUGGGAACCAUGUGGUUUAUCAGAGAUGGCUGUGGUAUUGCAUGUGCUGUCAUCACCUGGCUCCUGGUCAUAUACGCAGAUUUUGUGGUCCUCUUUGUCAUGCUGAUUCCAUCAAGAAACUAUAUUUAUAGUGUGAUCAAUGGAAUAGUAUUCAACAUUCUUGCUUUCCUGGCUCUUUCUUCUCACUUCCGGGCUAUGUUGACAGAUCCAGGUGCAGUGCCCAAAGGAAAUGCCACAAAAGAAUUCAUCGAAAGUUUACAGUUGAAACCAGGGCAAGUCGUAUACAAGUGUCCAAAGUGCUGUAGUAUCAAACCUGACAGAGCCCAUCACUGCAGUGUUUGUAAAAGAUGCAUUCGAAAGAUGGAUCACCACUGUCCCUGGGUUAAUAACUGUGUGGGAGAGAAUAACCAGAAGUACUUCGUACUGUUUACAAUGUAUAUAGCACUCAUUUCCCUGCAUGCCCUCAUCAUGGUGGGAUUUCAUUUCCUGUACUGCUUUGAAGAAGACUGGACAGAGUGCAGCUCAUUCACCCCACCUACCACGGUGAUUCUUCUCAUCUUGUUGUGUUUUGAAGCUCUCCUUUUUCUCAUCUUCACAUCAGUCAUGUUUGGGACCCAGGUACACUCCAUCUGCACUGAUGAGACGGGCAUUGAGCGCCUCAAGAAUGAGAACCCAACUUGGGAGAGGACCCUCAAUUGGGCAGGGAUGAAAGUGGCUUUCGGAGGCGACUUUUCUCUGAACUGGUUUAACCCCUUUUCGGGACUGAGCAUCAGAAGGAAUCCAUCUCUUGAGCUGCCAGGAGAGCCAUCAGGAAUCACAGUAAGGUGCUCGGAAGAGACUACUACUACUUCUGAGGAGGCAAGGACAUAAAAAAGCUGAUCCACAGGUUAUUUGGAUGUUGAAAGGGUCUGCCACUCUGGGGAUACCACUUUAGAAUGAAAAACAAAAAAGGGACAAGAGAAAAAAUGAAUAUUUUGCACUUCAACUUCAACUUCACCUUAAAGGAUUUUCCCUUACAUUUUCCCCCAAAAACCUCCUGUCUGCAAAAAAUAUUACCUUUAAACCCAUUCCUUCUCUCCUUCUUAACUCUUGAGAGAAGGACAGCCUUUCACCGCAGUUCUCUGAGAAUAUGGUCUCACGGUUAGAGUGUGGCGUCUCCCUAAAGUCCUGGACCCCGAGCUUUCUUUCUGGCCUUCCCUCUCAGCUCAGUGGCAGCACUGUAGAUGCUGGAAGCUGCACCUUUGCCUCUCCCGGGAAACCUGCCCUUUUGAGGGACAAACCAGAGCCCUUCUCCAGGCCCUCAGCUUGGAAGUUGGACUCUCGCUGACCGAGGAAGAGCCCAGCAGGUGGCCAUGGAGAGAAGAGGGAGGGCACUGUAGAGUCAGGUUCAACACCUGAAUGUUGGGCCCUGACUUUUAGGAUCUGCAGCCCCCAGUCCCAUCCCUGACUUCUGGAUAUUGGAAUCAAGACUAAUCGGGCUAGGGCAUAUGAAAGUUAGGGGAGAAAAGCCCUUCCCCAAACGUGGGGACCUUUCAGGGAAUCCCCCCAUAUUCCAGGGGGUCGAGAAGGCAGGGCAGGCCAAGAUUAUUUCCUGUCUUGUGUUUUUCUAUACUUCCUCUUACCUCAGGCUCAGUCGUAUGGAAGGCAACCUAGAAAGGCCAUAUCUUGAGGGAUGGCAGCCACUCCAGAAAGGAAUGUCCACUGUUAGCUCAGUUGGUAGAAUGUUUGGCUACUAAUUGGCCCAAAGUGCAAUAUGUGCCUCCUGAGGAUGUCAGGGGCUGCCCCGCUGAGGUGGCAUAUUUGUUUCUCCUGUCUUCGAUGCAGGAUUAAUUUAGAAGAGGACUCUGAUGAUGAGUUCAACAUGUACAGUACUAAAGAGAUUAAUAUAUACAUAAGGCUCAUGUUGAGAGCAUGGCAUAGGAAAUCAGUUCCCCAUUGGUGAUUUUCAUUGAUUAAUCAGCAGGGCUUGGCUACUACCAAAAAAAAAAAAAGAAAAAAAAAAGCUUAUGUUCUAUAUAGCCAAGUACCUUGAUCAAGCUGAACAAUUUGGGGAUUUGAUUAUUUUAUAAAAUAAUGAGUAUGUCUUUGUAUUACAUAUAGGAAAAUCCAUCCAAUGGUAAAGGUGUUUUCAAAGCCAAUCAGUGGCUUAAAUAUAUAUAUUCAGCCUCUCUGCUGCUGGGUUUUCUCUCAGGAGACUUUGUUUCAGAUCUCCCUUAUAUUCUCCAAUUCACAUUGGCUAAUAGGACCCCCAGUAGGUUUUAAAGAAUACAGUUCAGGCCUUUAAAAAAACCAGCAACAAAAAAAGAAAAGGGCUUCCUUCCAAGAAAGGUCCCAACUAAAGCAAUAUAGUUGGAGUAUUCAAAAACAAGAAGGCUUUUGCUUCCAAGAAUGUUGUUCUCUAGUCAAUGUUUGGUGCCUUAGAUGUCUUUUCUCAGUCUAAUCAGACAAGUGCCCAGCUACUGUUUGGAUGCAAAAAAAAGCCCUGGAUUUUCCUUCCAGGUGUCUUGUGGGACACACACAUACACACACGCACACAUGUACACCCACACACACAUUCCCAUUUAAUGUAUUUUAACAUUCUGGCCACACCAUCUUCUAUUCAGUAUGGUUCUGACUACUAGAAUGACUUGAGAAAUACCACUUUUAUGGGGCCAUUUCCUAGUAGUUUAGACAGACAUUCAGUCACCCCAAUUUGAGAAUGUUUGAGAGUCUUAAUGCCUAGUAUUCCCCUUUGUAUGAGGCCCCAUCGUUGCCCCUUUGCCAGUCGUCAUUCAGAAACAACUCCUUCCCCCAGACCUCAGCUCCCAUUGGAUCCUUCCCUUUUGCUCACCGUGGAGCUUCAGGCUUGUUUUUCUAGUCCCCGUUUAGAUGAAAUCAGCUGAAAACUAACUCAAGUUGCAACGCCCCAAAUUCAGUCCUCAGCUGGCUUCAAACUUGUUCAGCAACUCCAGUAUACUAUUCUAAUUAUAUCUGUUCUAGGCUAGAAAAGAGGCCCCACUUUUAAUAAAGCAAGAUCAGACUUUUUGGAAUUGAGUUUAGGGCAUUUUUUUUUAAUUUUAAAAAUGUAUUUAGAAUAUUUUUCCACGGUUACAUAAUUCAUGAUUUUUCCCACCACUCUUCCCUCCCCUCUCCCAGUGGAUUUAGGGCAUUCUUAAGAAAGAACUGAGAGUUCUCAUGGAUGGGGAAAGGAAGGAUAGGAAAAUGGCAGCCUUGUCAAAAUGGCAUUUCCUUACAUAAUAAGUGAAGGAUGAUAAUUAAUAUUGGUGUUGGGAUCUCUUUGUUUUCACUAACCAUGAUUAAUGUUCACUCUUACCGAUAUGACUGGUGCAUUUGGGGAAUGAAUUAUUCAGUGGGUUGAGCUUAUUUGCAAUUUCUACCAUAAAUGCACAGAAUACAAAACCUCAGAAAGGAGGGCACUCACUCCUUCAACCCCUUAGGGUUUUAUGAGGCUUCUGGGUUGGCAAUCUGAUUUUCUCAGUAGCAGCUUUAUUAUUAAUGAAAUGAGAACAUCCUGAGCCCUGGAUGGCUCUUUAGACCAGUUAAGCUUUCAUUUAAGAUCGGCACCUGAACUACAUGUCAUUUGAUGGUUAGGAAUUCAGUGUCAUUGUCCAAAGGCAAAAGGUCCUGUAAUUUCCUCUGGAAAUUAUUCCAGAAGUGUUCUCUGAAGGAAUUAUUCUCUGAGGAUCAGGACCACCGGAUUUGUCCUCCCAUCCAGUCAAGAGGCAGCUCAGGGCUUAUAGAACACAGAGUUGCAUACCAAAGAUCCAACAUAUCUCUGGAAGUCUUAUGGUUCUUUUUGCAGUCUUUGUGUGAGAUGGAGGAAAUAACUUUAGGGACUGCAGCAAAGGCGAUAAGUAGAACCUAAAAGUCUGAGCUCCAGAAUUUGUCUAGGAGACCAGGUUGGGACAGUCAGCCCAAAAGCCACCAAAAAAAAAAAAAUGGAGAGUUCCAUUCAUCAGAAGUGCCUUAAUCAGUUGGUUCACCCUUUAUGCCUAGCAAGGGGUGCACACCAGCUCCAAAGGAAAAAGGUUUUCUUUGGACUGAAAGCAGGGCCUAAGAGGGCAGCUAGGGGCUUGGGCAUGGUGUUACCUGGCCGUAGAGGGAGCUGAGCAAUUCUCAAUUCCCUCAUCCGCAGACCAGCCACAGCAGCCCCAGUCCUGUUCUUGGAGCACAGAUACCUGUUAGGCUUUCCUUUACAUCCCAUGGCCUGUCCCGUUUGGCUCCCUGGCACGUAGGCGUGAGGCAAGCAUGUUGCUCUGUCCAAAUUAUAAUGAACCAAAGCAGUUUUGGACACAGUAGCCCCCAUGGGACAAGGCUGCAAUUCCUCAGCCACAACCGAAAACUCAAUCUUCAGGAGUUUGCAAAAAAAAAAAAAGGGAAUCAUGAGAUGGGUUCUAAUGUUAGAGAAUGCUAGGCUCAAGGAUUCACCUUUGGAUGUGGAAAGAAAACCCCUCAGCUCGGAGUUUUGGCUUCUGGGGCCAUUUUCUCUUGUGUCCAAGAAAAAGAGAGAGAGCUCUCCUGGAAGCUGGGCCCUCUCUCGGGCCCCCUAACUUCUCUGUGCCUGCACGAGACCCCUGGCAGGGACCGUGCAAGCUUCUGAGGAGGCCCAUCUGGGCUUGGGGGUGGGGGUUGUUUGUUCUUUCAUGUCAGGGGUGAAAUGUGAAGGGGUGUCACGCACCUCCAGACUCCACAGUGGCUACUCCUCAUUUCUAGCCUCCAAGCAUUUCCCUGUGCUCUUGGUGUUUGUACUAAUGUUCGGUGCCUUGGAGAGUUUAUUUACUAAAACAUGUCAUUUCUCUCA